AUGAAAAUCUGUAACUUGGGAGCUUUAGCAAACCUGAAACAUCUUCCCAUAAUAUCAAGGAGAGCAAUGCACUCAGCAACUGUCAACUACUCCUCUCAACAGGUUCAAUUUCCCAUGGAGACAAACAAUGGGGAACACUAUUGGGCGGAAAAGCCAAAUAAAUUUUACCAGGAGAAAAGACCGAAUUUCCAGGGCGCUACUUUUGCUAAACAACAAGAUUUACCGUCAUUACCUGUGCCAGAGUUAAAUUCCACCCUUGAUAAGUAUUUACAGACAAUUCGUCCAUUUUGCAACGACGUGGAGACCUUUGAAAGACAGCAGUUGUUAUGUAAGGACUUCUUGGAGAAUAUGGGGCCUGUUUUACAAAAUCGGUUAAUGGAGUACUCUAGUGAUAAGAGAAAUUGGAUGUCCAAGUUUUGGGACGAUCAAUCGUACUUGCAAUAUAACGAUCCAAUUAUUCCGUACGUUUCUUAUUUCUACUCUCACAAACCACUACCCAAUCAUUUAUCCAAAAUCGAUAACGAUCCUUUAGUUAAAGCCACUGCAAUCAUAUCAACAGUAGUUAAAUUUAUUGAAGCUAUUAAAGACGAAUCUUUACCUGCAGAAACUAUCAAAGGCACACCGUUCUGUAUGAAUAGUUUUUCAUUGAUGUUCAAUAAUUCAAGAUUACCUGGUAACCCACAGGAUAACCAAGAUACAAACAUUUUCUACUCAAUUUAUGAAAACAAUUUUAUAACUGUUGCUCAUAAAGGUAGAUUUUACAAAUUAAUGACCCACGAUGGUGAUAAAAAACCGCUUUCGGAAAACGAAAUUUGGAAACAACUGUAUUCUGUAGUUUUCCAAGGAUCACAGCCCGGACCCAAGCUAGGAGGUGUUGGUUCUUUAACUUCUCUGCCUCGUGAUCAAUGGCGUGAGGUUUAUUUAGACUUGGUGAAAGACCCUAUUUCUCAAGAUUCAUUAGAAACAAUUCACAAAUCUUCCUUUAUGCUAUGUUUGGAUCUUGAUCAAUCUCCUGUUACUUUAGAGGAAAAAUCCAGGAACUGCUGGCACGGUGAUGGUAUUAAUAGAUUUUACGAUAAAUCUUUACAGUUUCUAGUCACUGGUAAUGGCUCAUCAGGUUUCUUAGCUGAACAUUCGAAAAUGGAUGGUACGCCAACUUUAUUCAUGAAUAACUUCGUUUGUCAGCAGUUAAAGAAAUUAAAUGCAAAUGAAUUUUUGGAAAAAGUGUUUACACCAUCAGGCAAAGCAACAUUUAAACCUAUGGAAUUACCGUUCACGAUCACUCCACAAAUCAACAAGGCCAUUGAAUCUGCUCAAUUUCAAUUUAAGGAAACGAUGAAUGAGCAUGAUUUACGUGUCUGGCACUACAACAAAUUUGGUAAAACUUUUAUAAAGAAUCACGGUAUGUCACCUGAUGCAUUUAUUCAACAGGUUAUUCAAUUGGCUGUUUUCAAAUACCUAAAACGUCCGCUACCCACCUAUGAGGCUGCGUCUACAAGAAAAUAUUUCAAAGGUCGUACUGAAACUGGUAGAUCUGUAUCAACUGCUUCUUCAGAAUUUGUUUCUAAGUGGCAGAACGGAAACAUCUCUGACGCUGAAAAGGUUCAGGCUUUGAGACGUGCUGCCAAGGAACAUUCUCACUAUUUAAAAAAUGCUGCAAAUGGCAAUGGGGUUGACCGUCAUUUUUUUGGUUUGAAAAACAUGAUCAACUCUAAUGACAACCAAGUCCCACCCCUUUUCAAAGAUUCAUUAUUUAAUUUCUCUUCAACUUGGUUGAUCUCCACAUCGCAGCUAUCAUCAGAAUACUUCGAUGGUUAUGGCUGGUCUCAAGUAUAUGACAACGGGUUUGGGUUAGCAUACAUGCUUAACAACGACUGGUUGCAUAUUAAUAUCGUGAACAAACCAGCCAAGAGUGGGUUAAGCGUUAAUAAAUUACAUUAUUAUUUAUCCCAAGCUGCAGAUGAAAUUUGCGAGGCUUUGGAAAAAGAAAACAAACUAAAAGCAAAGUUAUGA